UAAGCACUUCCUCAGCACAACGCACCGCGGUUUCUUUUCCAUGACGGGGCUCCGAGCUCGCGCACCUGGACCCUCGGUGGGUGCUAGGGAUCGAAGAGGCUGUUGUCGCAGUCGUAACUUAUAAGGACCGGUAAAUUGGCGUGACUGAGCGCGCAAGCGGACCAAGAUGCUCCCCGUGCGGACCCGCCGCUAUCGAGCGUCGACAUCAGCCUCAACAGUGCAGACGUCCAAGGCUACCGAAGUGCUCCGGGCCCUCCUCGAACGGUUGUCCGACACAGCAAGCUCCUCGCCAGCAGACUCGUACCCGAAGAUCGAGGAACUGGUCGACCAGAUCAGACAAAUCCACCAGCAUGUUGCUGCCCUGCUGCCGCCCUCCCCGCCGCAGGACGACCUCCGUCACCUGCGCGGCUUCCAGACUCUGCUUAAUGUAUUGCGAAUAUUCUCGGGCUUCUAUAAUCCCUGCAAGCGCAGCGAGAGCGAGAAGAAAGCAAUCUUCGAUUUGCUGCAUGUCGUCCUAGCCACCCUCUCCACCGCCUUCCGCGGCCACCCCGGCAACCGACGAUACUUCCGAGACAGAGUUGAGGGCGGGGGAUGGGAGGUCUUGGAGCAGAUUAUAGCCAGCAUUGGCGUAGGAGGGGGAGAUUCGGACCUGUGGACCAGCUGCCAGCUGUUCGGGAAACUUCUCUCCUUCGCGCUCGACGACCAGCGCCUGGAUGAGCUCUGCCGUUCGGUGGCACGUCACGCGACACCAGAUUCCGCCUCAAGGCCGCAGGAUGGACAACAGGGCGGGGCGGGGCACAGCGUGGGAACCAUUGAUGCGAGGGUGAGAGAAGUCGUCGGACCUCACACCGUUAUCCACAACGCCGAGAUUAUCCGAACGGUUGUUGCCUUCUGGGAGUCUAUCCCACGAGGUCAGGACACGGCACUGAAUCUGGCUUCGAUGAUAGUUCUCUCGACACUGUCGUCUAUAGCAUCUGCUUCUUCCUUCAACCUCAAUGCUCUGCAUGGGACAGGCGUGCUUUCUAGACUGCUGCGCUUGCUCUUCGCCCCAGACAGUGCGCUCACGGAGCCCGAGAGGGACAGAGCACUGCUCCUGUGCAGGUCGCUGAUGCACCUGGGCAUAGACCAGCUAGCGGACGCGCAGUUUUUGCUGAAUCGCCGCGAGGUCGCCGCUUCCGAGUUCUGCCUGGACAUGACGGAGCGGUACGCAGGGCCCCCCUUUAUCCAGUUUGACCUCUCCCUUCGCGGCCACUCAUCCAUUGAACUACCAAAUCUUGGCCGAUCGUUCCCUCCCCAGACAGCGCCAGGAUACACCUUCACUGGGUGGGUGCGUAUCGACGAGUUUGAUCCCGAGUCGCACACAACUCUCUUUGGCGUGUUCGACUCGACGCAGACCUGCUUUCUUCUGGCCUACCUCGAGAAGGACACCAAGAACUUCAUCCUCCAGACAUCGGUCACGUCCCCACGGCCAAGUGUCAGGUUUAAGUCCGUGGCAUUCAAGAAGCACCAGUGGUAUCACAUCGCGCUCGUCCACCGCCGACCCAAGACCAUGGUCGCGAGCAAGGCAAGCCUUUAUGUCAAUGGAGAGUUUGCUGAGCAGAUCCGGGCCGCGUAUCCGAGCCCGCCGCCCCCUUCCAAUGCAAGCACCGACAGCUUUGUCUCCUUCACGUCGAACAGCACCAAGACAAACCCGGUCCAAGCUUUCCUAGGUACGCCGCGCGAGCUCGCCGCGCAGCUGGGGCCGGGCGUGGUGCGCUCCAGAUGGUCGCUGGCUUCGGCGCACUUGUUUGAGGACGUGCUGAGUGAUGACUUGCUUGCUGUAUUCUACCGCCUCGGGCCGCGAUACCAAGGCAACUUUCAAGACUGCCUCGGGGGCUUCCAGACCUACGAGGCGUCGGCUGCCCUGGGCCUCCGUAACGAGCUGUUCCAUCCGGGCAAGGACGACGACUCGGACAUUCUGAAAGCCAUCCGAGACAAGGCGAGCAGCAUCAUCCCCGAGCACAAGGUCCUGCUGAGCACCUUCCCGCGAGCCAUCUUUCCGGCAGACGGGAAGUUCAUGGACUCGCUGCUCUUUCGAUCCCUGUCGAGGAAUGCGGCUAGCAGUCUGCUCCAUGCCACCGUCAAGAGCGGGACGGCGGUUGCGGUCAACGGAGCCGUGCCGUGUAUCAACGAGGCGCUGGUCAGGCUGAACGGCGUCUCCCUUCUCACGGGCGAUCCGGUCGUCGCGACGCCGUACUACUUUGACGACAACCUCUGGCGGCUGGCCGGAUUCACCCCCGUGGGCCUCAAGUUGGUCGAACGGUCGUCUACCCCUGAGGAGCUGAUACGGUCCGUCGAGCUCGUGUUCCACUGCAUCAGCAACAGCUGGCGGAACAGCGAGGCCAUGGAGAGGGACAACGGCUAUGCCAUUCUGAGCAUGCUGCUCCGCGCCAAGCUUGGAUACAGCGUGCCCGGCUCCGAGACGCAGUCACUGGCGUGGCGGCUCGCCCUGUCCAACGAGGCGAGGGACCGACUGAGUCUGCAGCUCCUGACGCUGGUGCUGCACUUCGUUGGGUACAAGCACGCUGACCCGAUCGAGUCCUUCAUCAUCAACCCGCUCGCCUACCGUGUGCUCCUCAUCGACCCCGAUACGUGGCGCAGGUCGCCGCCGGCGGUGCAGGAGCUCUACUACAAACAGUUUGUGACAUUUGCCGUGCAGAGCAAGCACCACCAGUUCAAUAGCCGCCGGCUGCUACGAAUGCGGAUCAUCAAGAGGCUCCUGGACGCGUUGAAAGCCGAGACCAUUUCAGAAGACAUCAUGCCGCAUUUCAUGGCGUCCUUUGAGAGCCUCGUCCGGUGCAGCUACAGUGCCGAGGUCCACCGUGCCAUUGCCCUCUUCAUCACGUACGCCUUCCACACCCCCGCGGGCUCCCGGCCACGCACGCCGAGGCCGCCUUCGAUCCUAAGCGGCCGGCCAGCACCCGCGGCGGGCCUCAGCAUGCUGCGUCGGCCUACCCUUGAGGGCGGCCACCCGCCAUCUCCGGCUGCGAGCUCCAGGAUGCUCAGCAAGAAGCAGCUGGGCGUCAAGAUCCUGGAGAUGUACACGCGUCUUCUCUGCGAGCCCGCCAGCGUGGCGGACAUCCGCAAGUUUGCCAAGACUGUCACGAACAAGUGGCUGCUCUACCUGCUCGCAGAGAACGACCCGGAAAUCGUCGUCCUCGGCUGCAAGAUCCUCGCGCGCCUGCUCGUCACGCACCCGUCGGGCUAUACGGCCAAGUUUGCGAGCAAGACCGGCGGCUUCUGGAUCAUGGCGCACCGCCUGAAGCAGUGGUGGGACAUCUCCACUCUCUGGCCGAUCCUCUUCAGCAUCCUCUUCGGAUAUGACGUUGCGAAGAUCAACUUUGAGAAGUCCUUCGACUUCUUCAGCCUCCUGGAAAUCUUUGGCAGCAGCCGCAUCGUGUUCCCGGACGUGCUGCCCGUCAUAACCUCGAUGCUACAACACGGCCUUCGCGAUGUCCUCAAAUAUCAGGACGACCCGGAUUCUCCGGCCAGCGAUGCCGCCACAGCGGGAAGUGCUACAGAGAGUCUCGAUGCGGUGCGGACGAGACGAAGGGCCCGGUCUAUGGAACUGGGCCAGGCGCUUGAACCGAGAAAGACACGCCUGCCCGAUAAAGAGCGGGUCGCCGCGAACGCCGUGGUCCUUCAGACAGUUGUCCGGUUCUUGGCCGACAUGCACGCCCGUUCCGUCAACCUCAGGGACUUCGCCCUAUCCUCGGACUACAUCCGGCAGCUUCUCUCGGCUCUGUACCCCGUCAUUGUGAGCUCCGAUCCCGUCACCGCCGAGACGGAGCUCAGGUCCAACGACACGUUGAACUUCGAGGGAGGGGAUGUCAUCAUCCGGCCCGUUCCUGGAUCUUCGACCCAGGCGAUCCCCAUCGUCAGGACGACAAACCCGGGGCCAUCGGACUUCCAGCCGCCAUCUCCGAGUCCGGGAAGAGGCACCCCUCUGCGCCGUCCGUCGUCGUUUAUCCUAGUCACGUCGCAAUCACCGCCAUCAGCACCGACUCCCGCCCGCCUGAACCAUGCCAUGUCUCCCAAGAAGAGGAUCGCCACCCGGAACGUCAGCAAUGCGGUACUGGAGGGAAUUCUGGAGCUGAUUGUCGGCGUAUUCACCGACCAGGUCCUGGUCAGGAAGGAGUUCCCGGGGUUCAAUCUCUCCCUCAAGGUACCGCCUGGGUUCCAAGAGCACCACGCCUACUUUGAGACGUACAUCCUGCGGAACGUCAUCACCCACCUGAAGAACACGAUCCAGCUGGACCAGAAGGUCCUCACGGAACCCAGGGUUUUGCAGAACCUGGCGCGCCUCAACUUCCACAUGGCAGAGGCUGUGUUUGAAGGGUCGUUCAUGAACGGGGCCGAGACGAUGGUCGAAUUCACGGGAACCGUGUUGGAGUACCUGCAGCGGCCCGACGUGGCGUCGCUCAAGAGCGUCCGUCUCUGCAACUCGGCGGUGGCGACGAUCCGCUCAAGCUUCUUGAAGUUCACCCUGCUCAGGCUCUCCGACGUGGACGACCCGGAAACUAAGGAUGCCGAGGGCCUGUCGACCAUGGAGCACCUGCUGUACUGGCAAACUGUGCUCCUCGGCUGUUUGUCAGCGGACGACGACUUCAUGAAACUGCUGUGGUACCAGCUCUAUAACAGACUGGUCGACGCCCGGCCGAAGAUCCGUCUGGUAGCGGCGACGAUCUGGAGGAUAAUGCUGGUGCAGAAGCCGGAGGAGUCGGCGGCCAUCUUUCAGCAGACCAUGACGCCCGAUCAACGGCCAUUGGCCAGGGGCUUCGAGAAGCUCACCGAGCUGGACGAUGCGACCUUCCUCGCAUGGGUCGACCAGCACCGCCCGUCGCUCGACGUUCUCUUCUUUGGGGGCAUGUCGAAGACGUGGGAGGAGUUCGUCGCGGCGGAGAAUCAACGCACCGCAGACAACGCGCGAGCUCGGGUGAAGGCCCGGAAGGAUAAGCUCAAGCAGUGGCACACCGAGUCGCUGGAGCGGGAUAAUAUCCUGCUGCGCCACGAGAUGGCCAACAGCGCGUGGAUGAAGAGCAUCUACUUCACGGAGCACUUCAAGCACCAAAGGCUCCUGCAGGAUCAGCAGGACGACAAUGCUUUCAUGGCGUCGACAUUCGCGAAGAUGGAGCGCGAUCUGUGCCGCCCGGGCGCCGUGUUCAGCGAGGCCCAGGCCAUCAAAUGGAAGCUGGACCGCACCGAAGGACGGAAUCGGAUGCGGCUCCGUCUCCUGCCGGAGUAUCCCAGCCAGCGACAGCAGGAGUUCCAGCCGAAGAGGAAUGAUGUCCCUGCAGCUGGUGGUGCGAAGGCCAACCCCUCCUCGACGGGCAAUCCCUUAGCGGCGGCACCGGCACCGGCACCGGCACGGGCUCCAACUUCAGCACCGGCCGUCGAAACCGGAGGCGAUGGCAGCAUGGAGGAUCCUGACAUCUCGGCCGAGCCGGAGACGGCGGGCGGCGAGACAGACCAGCAGAGCGUUGCGCCCGAGGAAGAUUUUGAACUAGUCGAGGACCCCAACGAGCCCGAGGCGGAUGACACGUUCGAAGACAAGAACAGAAAGGUGAUGCGGAGGCUUCAGCAGGGAGACUCGGUCCGGAACGUCUUCAACAUCUCGCGCAUCAUCGGCCUGGACGCGUCGGAAGGGAUCCUCAUCAUUGGAAAGGAGGCGCUCUACAUCAUGGACAAUCUGUUCCAGAGCGCGGAUGGCGAGAUCGUCAAUGUGUGGCAGGCGCCGCCGGAGGAGCGUGAUCCGUUCUCGAUCAUCAUCACGGGCGGCAUCCCGAGCGAGCGACGCCAACACGCGGGCCGCGCCGAGCAGGAAUCGCGCAGCUGGAGGUGGCAGGACGUUCUCAGCAUCUCGAAGCGGCGCUUCCUGUUCCGCGACGUGGCCAUCGAGAUCUUCUUCACCGACGGGCGGAGCUAUCUCCUGACCGCCAUCAACCCGGCCAUGCGGGACGACAUCUUCUCGCGGCUGACGGCCAUGACGCCGCACACCCACAAUGCCAGCCUGCUGCCCAACCCGGAAGACGGCUGGCGGCUGGAGAGCCUGAGGUUUGCCGACGAGAUGCCGCAGACACUGGGGGCCAAGUUCGGGAGCAUCUUCAACUCGUCGGCGUGGAAUCCCAUGAUGCGGCGCUGGCAGCGGGGCGACAUCUCCAACUUCCACUACCUCAUGCUGGUCAACACCAUGGCCGGCCGCACCUUCAACGACCUCACGCAGUACCCGGUCUUCCCCUGGGUGCUCGCCGACUACACGAGUGAGGAGCUCGAUUUGACCAACCCGGCCACCUUCCGGGACCUGUCGAAGCCGAUGGGCGCGCAGUCGUCGGGACGCGCCGCCGACUUCGCCAUGCGGUACAGGAGCCUGGCCGAGAUCGGGGAGACGCCGUUCCACUACGGGACCCACUACUCGUCUGCCAUGAUCGUGUCGUCGUAUCUGAUCCGGCUGCCUCCCUUUGUGCAGUCCUACAUCCUGCUCCAGGGCGGCACCUUUGAUUACCCGGACCGGCUCUUCUUCUCCAUCGAGGGCGCCUGGACGUCUGCUUCGCGGGACAAUGGCUCCGACGUGCGCGAGCUGAUCCCCGAGUUCUUCUACCUGCCCGAGUUUCUGACCAACAUCAACGGCUACAACUUUGGCGUCCGCCAAGGGGGCGGCGGGAGAGUGGACAAUGUCAUCCUCCCGCCAUGGGCCAAGGGAGAUCCCAAGAUCUUCAUCGCGAAACACCGGGAGGCGCUAGAGUCCCCGUACGUUAGCCAGCGGCUGCAUCAGUGGAUCGAUCUGGUCUUCGGUUACAAGCAGCGCGGUGAACUCGCCGUCGAGAAUCUGAAUGUCUUCCACCCCUUGUCGUACAAGGGCACCAGGGACUUGGACAACAUCACCGAUCCGCAGGAACGGCUCAUCACGACGGGUAUCAUCCAUAACUUUGGCCAGACUCCGCAUCAGAUCUUCACGAAGCCACACCCGCCGAGGGAGUUCGACCGGUCUCCGGUCAAGCGGCUGGACACUUCGGUCGCGGCGCUGACGAGGCUGCCCCAUCCGCUGCUAGAGAGUCGUGAACGAGUCGCGUCGCUGACCUAUGUGCCGAAGCUCGACCGCCUGCUCUGUGCCUCGCCGUUCCGUCUGAACCUGCCACCAUACUACGACAAGUUCCUUGAAUGGGGCUACACGGACAACAGCGUGCGCUUCUUCCUUAGCGACAACAGAAAGCCGGCCGGGCUCUUCGAAAACCUGCACAUCGGCCAGAUCUCGACCCUCACGUUCGCCGACUCCAAGACGCUCAUCACGGCCGGCGAAGACUGCGUCGUAUCGGUCUACAUGGUGCACUCUUCACCGGGGAAGCCCGUCGUGGAGCUGCACCCGCGCUCGUCCUUGUUCGGCCACAAGACACCCGUCACGCACAUCGCCGUGUCCAAGGCGUUCAGCACGAUCCUGACCGUCUCGCAAGACGGCAUUGCCUUCCUCUGGGACCUCAACCGCCUCGAGUUCAUCCGCAAGCUGCCGCUUGCUCGGCCCGUGGACUGCGCGCGCAUCAACGACGUGACGGGUGACGUGAUACUCUGCUCGGGCCAGAACGUGCUGCUAUACACCCUCAACGGCGAGCUCAUCCUCGACCAGAACGUGUGCACUGCCGCCAACGCCACCAACGCCGGCAGCAGCAGCAGCAGCAGCAAUCAGGACGACGACUUCAUCCACUCGUGUGCCUUCUACGAAGGGUCCACGUCUACGGGCGGCAAUGAGUGGCUGCAGAACCAGCUCGUCUUCACCGGCCACAAACGCGGCGUGGUGAAUGUGUGGCGCAAGACGGUCGACGCCCGCACCGGCAAAUGGGUGCUGGAGCUCAUGCGGCGGCUGGAUCAUGUGAAUCCCAAGAGUGAGGCGGGCACGAACGUUGAUGCGGCGAUCACGUGUGUGGCACCGCUCAGUGGGCUGGUGUACACUGGGGAUGACGAUGGGCGUGUGUGGGAGUGGAACAUAGUUCAGCGGGAGAGGUAGAAUAAGCCCCCGGCGUGAUUAGACGGAUGGGAUGUGGUUGGGUGAGGGCGAAAGGAGGAGUUUCCAGGUUUCAUGGGGACAAAAAGCGGUCGCAUAUAGAGCGGUGGGGGGACUUGUAUGUUAUGUUAUGCACGACACAUGGUGGGAAAGCCCUAGAUUAGCGAUAAGCCGGCCCAGCUCUCGGGCGAUCGCAAGGAGUUUCGGAUGGGCGGCUUUGACGUGCCCUG